CCUUUGGGGGGCGGAGGUGGAUCCAGCUCAAAGUUCUCUCCCUGCAGUGACAGCCAUGGCCGAGCCUCCCGCCGUCAUAUGGAAGCACGAAGUGCAGCGCCUGCUGCAGUACGGAGACCUGGUCCCCCGCCUGGAGGAAGCUCUGGGGAAGUUCUCCACACGCGACAGCGCAGAGGUGAUCCAGCCCGUGCGCAACAUCCUCCCCCUGCAGAAGCACCACGGCUUCCUGGGGUCCAUGCCGACAUACAUGGAGAACGACGGGGUCCUCUGCACGAAGCUCGUGUGCUUCUACCACAGGGACGCUGGUUCAGCGCUGCCGGCCACUCAGGCCACAGUGAUCCUGCUGGACCCGGAGUACGGGAAUGUAAAAGCUGUCAUCGACGGCGAGGAGGUCACAGGAAUGAGGACCGCCGCGGUCUCCGCCAUCUCUGCUAAGCUGCUGAUGCGCCCCGGGGCAGAAGUGCUGGCCAUCCUGGGGACGGGCAAGCAGGCGCUGACCCACUACCACAUCUUCACCGAGAUGUUCCCAUUCAAAGAGGUGCGCGUGUGGAGCCGCACCAGCCAGGGAGCGGAGAGGUUCUGCCGCUCCGUCGGGGGUCCGGUGAGGGCGUGCGUCUCGGUGGAGGAGGCGGUCAGGGGGGCCGACGCCAUAGUGACGGUCACCGGGAGCACGGAGCCGGUGCUCUUCGGUCGGUGGGUGAAAGCGGGAGCGCACGUGGCAGCGGUGGGGGCUUGCAGGCCGAACUGGCGGGAGCUGGACGACGCGCUGAUGAAGGAGGCGGUGGUGUACAGCGACAGCAGGGACGGAGCCAUGCAGGAGUCCGGCGACGUCAUCCUCUCUGGGGUCCAGGUGUUUGCGGAGCUCGGAGAAGUCAUUAACGGGACCAAGUCGGCACACAGAGAGAAGACCACCGUCUUCAAGUCUCUGGGGAUGGGAGUCGAAGACGCCGUGGCUGCUCAGCUGGUGUUUGACGGGUGGAAAGCCCAAACCGGCCCGCCGGGAGGUGUUUAGUUAAUUUGAUUGACAUUCACAAAUGUGCCUCAGAGGGCUUCAGUCGGUUCACGACCCCGGAACAGGAGGACCGCUGAACACGUCAUCGUCCACAGAACAGACUAAAUAAAACUGAAAUGUUUUUCUUAGUGCCCCAGUUUGUUUUAUGCUUUUACACCCUUGUUCUGAUUCAAUAAAACACAGUGGUUGUGUCUUUAAA